UAACACACGCUCCCUCCUUUCUUCUCGAAUUCUCCUUGACCAACCGCAGCGGCCUUAAUGAAUUUGUCCAGAACACGAUGGCUGUAAUGUAGUAUCUGGACAUCAGGCACGGAACACCCCAUCGAUCCUUACCUCCGCCCUUCUCAUGGACGUCGCUUUUUCCUCGGCAUUAGGUUUGUCCAGAAUCCAAUAUUUAAAGCUCCCCCCUCUCCAUCCUUCAUCUCCUCUUCACCUUCAAGACUUCUCUUGAUGAGAAUGCACCCCGAACCUAUCAUCCGCGCGAUUGAUCGCCCUCGUUGCCCUCCAGGUCUGGACAAUAUGCACCAAAUCAACUCGCGAGUCAAGCCGUUCUCUCCUCCCAAAUCCGGACAAUCUACACCAAGCCUAUUACCCGCGCGGGUGCUCCAAGUAAGGAGCGGGGCGUGCAGGUGCCGCUUCAAGGCUAUAAAUACUCCCCUAGCUUUUAUUUGUUUUCUUUUCAUCUCAGCGUUUGCAAGAAAAGCAUGGAGCUAAAAUGUAUCUCUCAGUGUUCUCCUUCCUGUUCUUCGCGAUUACUAUAUGCGGUACCGUUUGUCUGUAGACACGCGGCGGCCUAAAGAGCCCUGAUUCUCGCGUUAACCCGCCGGCCCC